AUGUUGACCGCGGUGUUUCUGUCAACACUCAUGAUGCUGGGGGGACUUGGAGGGGCGGCAGCGUCUGACUUGCAGGUCUAUGGGAAAUCCAUUCACAGUGAUAAAACACUGGUGAGCAGCGAUGAUGGAAGACACGCUGUGACAAAACAGCCACACCAACAGAAAAAAAGUGAAAUCCGCAGAAGUUUGGAUCUGGAUACCUUCAACAUACACGUGACCCCCACCUCCAGCAAAAUCAGCCUCCCGACCAUCAUCAGGCUCUACCCGCCCACUGCCAAACCUCUCUACCUACACGCCAACAUGCCCAUGCGCUUCGGAAGGGAGAGUAAUCCUGGGGAUGCCAACCUACCCCAGAGGUUUGGAAGGUCUUGGGGAGAGAUGAAAAUGUGUGCCGAGUGCCCUACUGUCCGAGAAGCACCGAACCCAGCGCUGCCCCAGAGGUUUGGGAGAAACACUCCAUACUGGAGCCUUCUUAGGACUCUGGCCAAUGCACAGUUAUUGAGCACUGACUUACAAUGGGCUGCAGAUUUUGACUUUACAACCAGCUCAGAAGUGCUAGAGAUGCAAGAAAAUACCUUUAAAGGAUGAAUGAGGAUUAUAGGCAAAACUGAGGUCUACUAUAGCACGUAAAUAUGAACAUACAGUGUUUUUACUGUAAAGACUUAAUGUCUCAAGUCAAAAUGUUCAAGAACGGAUGGAUAAGCAACUUCAAAUAUUUAUCAAUCAAUCAGUCAAGUGUAUU